CUCAGCAUCUUCUCCGAUUCGUCUAUAUCUCAUGAGGAGUUUGACAGAUAUUUACAUGAAUUGGAAAAGACUGGAGAAACAAUUGACUACGUGGAUGAUGUUAACGAUAAAUAUGACCAAUUGCAAGCUUUCUUCAAUAGAGGUCUCAGUGACAAGGAUGUCAAUGAGAUGAUUUCUAGGAAGCAGAAAUUACAAGGUAGAGACGAAUUGUCGGGUUAUGAUGCAGUUACGAGAAAGGCUAGAUUGAUGGACGAACUAAAGAUCGCAAAGCAGCAGGCCAACCCCCAGAAAGCGAGAGAAAUCAUCGACAAGUUGAAGAAAUUGGACUCAAUGUUGUUAAAUCAGACCACCCACAACCCUUCUCUGUCUGCCAACGUCAUGUCCAAAGUCAAUGAAAGAAACCGUAAAUUGAAUCUGACAAACAUCAGGAAGGCUGAAAUAAAAUCUAGAAACACAGCAACGGUGACGGAUGGUGGUGACCCUUUCUCAAGAUUGAAGACCACUACUAGAAUCUUCUAUCAAGAUUUGAUCAACCAGGAGAAUGAAAAGGCUAUAAAUGAUGCCAAAGCUAAGUACCAAGAGUUGUUGGAUGAAAAGAGCAAGCAAGAAGAAAAGAUUGCCAAGUCCACUUACAGAGAGUUUGGAGAGAUGGACAAACUUAUCAAGAGCAUUGACAUUGACUUGGAAAUAGUUAUCUAG